UGGCGCCCUUGGCUAACUCGGCCAUCAACGAUAGGUUUAGUGUGGUGUGCACCACCAAGGUGAGGAAUAACUCUGGGGAUACAAAUUUUUCAUUGUUGUCGGUCCUUCUCAGACAUCCAUUACCAAAUUUAAUGCAAACAGAUUGACAACUCCUAUUCCACCUAUAUAAAUGUAUUACUUUGAUAAAAUGUACCAAGUCUUAGUCCUAGAGUAGGCCAGAAUAGGGUCUAUACUAUUAUUAUUAAAUUUAAUGCCUUUUUUUCACUGGCUAAAACUGGACUGAAGGUUGGUUUCUUCGGCAUCACUUAAACUAAAUUUAAUAAGUGUGUCCCUAAAUGCCUAAAUAGUUUGUAUAGGCCUAUGAUCUUUUAAUGCACUAUGUUACAUAACUAGGCUUAGUUAUAGCUUAUCCCCUAGCGGUAACCCUAUAUCAUAUGACAUAUGUUAAAUAUUAUUAGUAUUAGUAAUUAUUAUUAGUAUAAAAUAUUUGGUCCUUUAUUAAUUGCUAAAUUUUUCUUGGUGUUUCAAUUUACAAAAUUGAGAUUAUGAUUGAUUAUCUUAUCCGUAUUUAGAUAUCCCUCUGUAAACUCUUUUGAUUUAUGACUUAAUAACUUUGGUUUAGGAUUCUUAUUCGGUUGAAAAAUAAUAUGAUUUUCAUUGUGAUAAUUUCAUUUUCAUUUAAAUAUGAAAUAGAAAAUUAUUGAAUAAGAUUAAAAUUAUUCCCAGGAUUAGGCUUACUUAAUUAGAAUAACUUUUAUUAGGUGUAGUGAUUUAGUCGUUUAAUAAUUAAGACCCAACUAUGAUUUCAAUUAGGCCUAUAUUAUUUUUCUACUUUGGCCAUCAUUUUAGAAUUUAGUAAAAGAAUCAUUGAGAACUAAUUUAAAAUUAAACUUACAUCAAAUUAGUAACUAUAUGCCAAUGGCUAUGAUUAUAGAUAAAAUAUACUAAAAUACUUGGUGCCCUCUACCAGUAAUCAUGGAUAUUAAUAUUGCUUUUUUAGGAAAUAUUAGGUACGGUUGGACAUGCGAAGGGAGCACCUGUUUAAUUUCAUUUGUUUAAAUUAUAAGUAUUUUUAACAAAGAAAAGGAAAAAUUAGAUUAUUUUAAAAAUCAACAACCUGUUAUAGGUUUCAAAACUAAUAACCCAAAUUUGGUUUAUUGAUAUCCUUACUUGUAAUAUUUGUAUUAAUGAUAUUGCUCACGUUUGUUCCUAUGGUUAUAAUAACUUAAGCCUACACUACUCUACAAAUAUAGUUGGUUUUUUUUGUGGUGAAGUCUUAAGAUAUUUUGUUCUUUAAACAUGAUUUGAAGGUUUUUUACCUGUGCACAACUGAAAUGGCUAAAAGUGUCCAACAUUCCAAGAUUAUAUACCCUCCAUCAUGCAAAGAGUUGACAGAUGAUGUUGGAAAAGAUGAGCUGAUACGUCGUUUGAAAGUGAGUUAACUUGUUCAUGCAUUUUCCUACAUGAAUGUAUUAUUUCUAUAACUGAUAAUUUUUAAACAUGUUAUUCUAUACACUAAUUUUCAUCAACUUUCAAAUGAUGGAUCUUAUACUACCUAUGGAAAUAUUUAAAUCCCAUUUCACUUCAUGCAAUCAUUUUCAAAUAAAGUAUUAGUUCAAAAGAAAUGUAUGAUUUUAAAAUGUAUGUGGCGACUUAUUAUUCAACAAAAUAUCAGGUUUUGGCUCGGGCAUUUCAAGACAUGGGUCAAGAUGACAAUGACAGCUAUGCCCCUCUUGCUCUGCACUUGGCUACAGACACAUACAUGGAACAUAGUAACAAAGAUGUUCGACUUCUUACUGCUUGCUGCAUUGCAGAUGUGUUCCGUAUAUUUGCCCCAGAAGCACCUUACAAAGAGCAAGAUCAAUUAAAGGUAUUUCUUGUAUAAAACAAUUUUGAUUAAAACUAGUAAUUAUGCUAAAUACAUGUAAUUACACUAAUACACAUGAAAAGGUUAUAAAAUUAAAUUUCUGAAUUACUUGGGAAGCAGAAUAUACCGUUUACAUCCUCUGCUAGGAAUCUUAGUUAUAUUCUUUCUAACAACAUGUCUCUCGAUAAACAUAUCUCUCACGUUUGUUGCUCUGUAUGCACUGCUAUCCGUCAGAUCAGCUCUAUCCGCCACUACUUCACAGUUAGCACAACAAAAACACUAGUCUAUGCUCUUGUUCCCUCUCGUCUUGACUAUUGCAACUCUCUUCUGUCAGGUUCACCAAACAUUUCAUAGAAAAACUGCAGAAAGUUAAAAACUCAGCUGCUAGGUUAGUUCUAAAGGCAAAAAAAUACGUGAUCAUGUCGCUCCACUCACUUCAUUGGCUCCCUAUACAGGCAUGCAUUGAUUACAAGCUGUUCUCUCUCACAACUUUUUCUCGGAUUCCUGCCCUUCCUAUCUAACCAAACUUCUUUCUGUCUAUUCACCCUUUCGACAGCUUCGCUCCCCCGCAGACACACAUAUUCUGUCCGUACCCCAGAAGCGCACUAAAACAUGGGGAUCGAUCUUUCUGCGCCCUCAAUGGGAUUUGUUUGCCACUACACCUCCGAAAUAUACCAACCACGCAGGCCUUAAACUUCACUAAAAACACAUCUCUUUAAACUCUUACUACCUUGACUGAUUCCCCCCUCUGACCGAUAAGCGAUGCUGCUGGCUGCCGUCCAUGGUUUAACAUGUAAAAGUUCUGGGGUGGGUUGGGUGAAUAUACUUUUGUUUUGUUAUUAUGCAUCUGUUCUUUAUUGCAUAAAUGUAUUUUAUUUUAAUGUCACGAUUAUGUCUCUUUUGCUAAUAUUUUUGUGUACAGCGUGGUGAGCCCAGCCCUAGGCUGGGGUACCACUUUAUAUAAGACCACUAUUAAUAAUAAUAAUAUAACUGAAACUUAAAAUUUAAAUAAAAUCAUAUUUUACUUUGUUUAGUUUUUUAACAUUAUUCAUUGUUUGAUAUCAGAACGUUGUAAUUAUGAGGCUUCUGACGGUAAAAAUAUUUUUGUAAUAGGAAAUAUUCAUGUUCUUCAUUCAACAACUGAGGGGGCUGGAGGAUCCAGACGCUCCUUCUUUUAAGCGUUACUUUUAUUUGCUUGAGGUAAAUAUUGAACUGAAUUGUGUGAACUUUAAGGUAGUAUCUAUGAUCAAAAUGAAUUUAAACUUAAUAUUCUUCAUGCAACACAUAUUAUGGUGCAUUACAUAUGAGAUGAAACCAUUAUUAGCCAUAACUACAACAGAGAUUUAUACAUUAUACUAUAACUUGACACAAAGCCUUUUAGGGGCUAUGUGAGAGAGUUUAAUUUGAUAUAAUCUUGAAAAAUUUGUUAAUGUGAUAAUUUAAUUUUAUAUUUAUGAAUUAAAUACAAAAAUAAAUUUGUUCAAUCUACUAAAAUGAAUUUAUUAUUAUUUCAGAACCUGUCUUGGGUCAAAUCCUUCAAUAUUUGUAUUGAACUAGAUGAAAGUCAAGAAAUUUUCUGUGCCCUCUUCAAACUUUUUUUCUCAAUAAUAAAGUAAGUACCGUUAGCAAUUUAUCAGGCAUGUGUAAAUAUUCCUUCUAUGAAUAGUUUGCAUGGCUAAGUCUGUGCGAUUUGUGCCAACAUUAUGAAUUUGUUUAACUCUCUAUCCUUCAGUGAUAAACAUACAAGCAAAGUAAAAACAUUUAUGCUUGACAUCAUGGCUCCUCUCAUCUCUGAGGCAGAUUUUGUUUCCCAAGAACUAUUGGAGACUAUUCUGGUCAACAUGGUUGACCCAGUAAAGGUAUUUUUUUUUUUUUGCAGCAUCAUAUGAUAACAAAAAAAUGUGGUUUCAAUUAUGGAAUAAUAAUUAGCUUGUUUUUUAUAAAUUAUUUAACUAAAUUUUACAGGGUUACGAAGUCCUCUCAAAUAUAUAUAUAUUUGUAGAGCUACUGAGAAUUUAUAAAAAUUCAUUACCCAUUUAAAUAGAAAUGUGAAAGUGUAUCCACUCAAAUUAGACGUGUUUGAUCAGGCUUCAACUUUAGUCUUUGAAUACAUAUUUAUUAUACAUUGAAUUAAAAAACAUUAAAAUAAAAUUUAAUAAUUAUUUGAAUCCGUUAUCUUUUCUGAUAUAGUCUCACAGGAAAAUGGCAUACAUAAUGGCUAAAGACUUAAUCAAGAGAACAUCAUCAACUAUAGAGCCUUGCAUUCAGACUGUAAGCCAACUUACAAAUUAUUGGUGCUGAAAACAUAAAUUUGACUUUAUAUGCUUCUAAUAGACAAAUAUUUGAUGUAUAAAUAUAUAUUAUAUAUGUCAUGUUUAGAAAAAUAAAGCAAUUAAAUCAAAAUUUUAUGCUUAUUAAUAAUUGUGUAUACUGCUUAUGAAGUACAAAUUUUGUUUUUAAAUAUUUAUAUUACAAGUAUAUCUACAUUUUUUGUUUUGACACUUGUAUCUGUUGUAAAAUGUUUAAAAGAAAAUCAUUAGUGUCAGUGUUUUUAUUUGUUUUGUAUUGUUCGACAAUUAGAUAAAAUUUUAAGAAUCAUAAAUAUAAACAAUACAUAUAAAAUUAAAUGUCUGGAUUCAUUUCAUUUCCUCCCUUGUAGUUUUUCAACAAUAUGUUGAUGUUAGGAAAGCAAGCUGACAGUGAAAUUGGAAAUCAUUUAUAUGACCUCAUCUAUGAGCUAAAUCAGGUCUCUCCAAGCAUUCUACUAGCUGUUAUACCUCAGUUGGAAUUCAAAUUAAAGGUAAAAAGUGUGUUACAGCGCCUUUUUGGUCAUAUAAAUUUUCUUUUUUUACACCAUUUAUGUUUGUUUAAGUGAUGAAUAACUUUUAAUAAUAUUUAAGUAAUUAAGUAUUGUUCUAAUUUUUUAUAAAAUUAAAAAUCUUUUUAAAAAUUCAAUUUAUUAUAUUUAUAUAAUGUUAUGACUUUUACCUUUUAAAAAUGUAGACCUAAAGCAUUAUAAUUUGUAUUGUCUUUCUGAUGUUUUUUUUUUUUUUAUUUAUAAUUUUGAAAAAUACAUAUUAAAUACAUGUAUAAGAUAACAUUUCCAAAAUGCUCUAUGUUCAAUGCAGAGCAAUGAAGAAGCUGAAAGGAAAAGUGUCACUAAGCUUUUGGCUAAAAUGUUCUCUGAAAAAGAUUCAGAUCUGGCAUCUCAGAACAGAGCCCUUUGGUUCUGUUUUCUUGGAAGGUUUGUGUUAUACUAAAAAUACAAGCAUUCAGUGCUUCAUAUUUAUUCCAAUUUUUUAAGCCAUUGAAUUAGAGAACAUUGUGGGUUUUUUUUAAGGAUUUCAAAUGAAAUUGGUCAUUUGGAAAGAGAACUGAACUUUUAAAAUGUAAACAUUUGAUUGAUUCUCAACAAACUCUAUCACAACUUGUUAAGAGAUUAUCUGAAAUGUUUUAUAACAGGUACAAUGACAUCUGUGUCGCAAUCAGAACAGUGUGCAUUCAACAAACACAACACUUCAUUUUGAAUCACCCAGAACUUGUUAAAGAUGUGCUUGGUAAGAGAAUCCUCAGAACAAUUUUUAAAGACUUUCUUGCUAUUUACAUAUCCUUCUUGUUUGUCCAUCGUAAUUUUAAAAAAAGCAACAAAAAAACAUAACUAAGUUGAUCAUUGUUGAUCACGUCUGCUUUUUUCAGUGAAGUGUGGUUAGGGGAAAUCAGGUGUACUUUUUUGUUUUAUGCCUAGGUAAAGAGUUGACUCAUUUAACUGGGAUUUUUUUCUUUAAAGUAAUUAAUUCUACUUUUGUCGAUAACUUUAGGAUUACAAUUUUAAUACUAGAAUGUAGAAAAUAAAAACAUAUUUUUAAAAAACACUGUCAAAUAUGAGUUUAAUCGCACUUAAACAUGACAUCAGAUAUUAAAAGUUUUAAUAAUUUUUAAAAAUAUUUUCUGCAGUCUUUCUUUGCGUAAUGCUUAUUAAGAAAUUUUUAUUAUUUUCUACUUUUUAGUGCUUUUAAACUCGUCUUUGAUAGAAGAUCUUUUUUAACAAGUUUCCUGCAUUUUUAGAUGAAAUUAAUUAUUUUUUAUAAUUGUAGUUUUAAUUUUAAACUGGGCUUGUUUAUUUAUUUUAUUUGAUCAUUUAAACUAACUUAGAUGAUUCAGUUAUUGUCUCACACAAGAUUAUAAAUACAAUUAUUGAAUUUUAAAUCUCAAGAGCAAAUAAAAGUUCGCCAGCAUGACCCAGAAGAGACUGUGCGAUUAGAUGUUGUAGAGAGUCUGUGUAAAGUGGCCAAGUCAGAUUUGAAGGCCAUGACGUCUGAAAUGUUGCAGUUUGUUAAGGAGAGAACACUAGAUAAAAAGGUAAGUUGAAUCAGCUUAUUGUUGAGAUUAAAAUGAAAAUUCACGAUUUCUCAAGGAUAGAAAAAUUGAUUAAAAAAAUUUUAUUUAUUCAAAUAACUAUGUUAUUUUCAAAAUACUAUGUUCCGUUUCAGUUCAAAAUUCGCCGUGAAGCCUUAUGGAACUUGGGAAAUAUGUAUAAACAGGCUGUUGUUGAUAAAGAGGUUCCAGAUCCUGAACUGGCCAGUAGGCUAGAGUUUGUUAAGAACAAGAUUUUGCAUCAUUAUUACCAAAAUUCAACUGAUGACAGGUAUUUUUCAUUGAUCAUUUUGUAGAUUUUUCACUUUUUUAAGAUGUUCAAAAUAAUUGGUAAAAGUACAAUUUUUUAAACACUUUAUAGGGUAUUAAAGUGAUUGCUUGAUGAUUAAUAUAAUAUAACUAACAGCAAACUUUUUGUUGUUUUACAGCUGAUUGUAGGCAAAUAUCUUUGAUAAGAACAGUUUAUUAUGUUUUAAAACAUUGUUUCUUGAUGAAGAACACAAGGUCUAUAGAGUAAUUUUAUUAUUUUAAAUUAAAAAAACUGAGCAGGAAAAAAAUAAAUUAAGUUUUGACAAAUUGUUUUAACAGGGCUGAAACUCUCCUUUAAAAAAACUACUGGAGUAAAUUCCCUUUGCCUUUCUCAACUUCUUUUGACACACUUACCUAAGUAGAAAUUUGUUUUUGUUGAAUGCAAUAAGUUUAUCAAAAUAAACUUGUACACUAUAUUAAUUUGUAGUCAUAUUCCAUUUCUUUAAUACUAAAUAAAGAGAUAUGUAUGUAUAUAGUGACAUGGAUUAAAUGAUAAAUGUUCUUCUCAAUAAAUUUUAAGAUUUAUCAUUUUUAAAGCUACAAGAAAUUAUUGAAGGCCAGCAGGAUUUUUUCACCUACAAACAACCUCUGUGUAAGAAAGCCUCAGCAAAUUUCUAUGAACACAUACCAUCAAAAUUCAUAAUUUUCAUCAAAAUUCAUAUUUUUGUUUUCAAAUUUGUUUUCAGGAUUCUAGUAGAGAGGAUGCUGAAUAUUCACCUGGUCCCCUUCCAGAGACAAGUGAAUGAGAAAAUGACCAUUCUUCUCAACCUCUAUUCUACUCUUGAUGAACAUGCUGUCAAGUAAGGGACUUGGUCCUGCUUUUAAUGAAAAUUCUAACCAGAAAUGUCAGCUUAUUUUCGAACAAACUUUAUUUGUCAAAUUACGCUCACUUGUUCAUAAAUUAAUAUCUUUGCAUAUUAGAUGUACAAUUAAAUUCAGUUAUUUAUUUAUUUUUCUAGAGCUUUCUCCGAGAUCCUAAAAAGCCGAAACCUGUAAGUACAUUUUUAAAAACUUAUAAAUUUGUACCUAAGCGUUUGUAUUUUUGACACCCACACUUUUAGGUUACCUGGCUACCCUUUUUCAGCAAAGAGGUGUUGCCUUACUUAUCAUUACCAGCAGUUUAAUCAUAUCUGAAAUGCUUAAUUUUUCAGAGCACGUCAUUUAGUCCAACAAAUAAUAGAAGCUCAUGAUAAAGCAAAUGAGGCUAGCCCACCACCCGUUUUACCGAAAUUGGUGCAGCUGGCACGUAAGUGAAUAAUGCGGAUAGCUCUGACAAUUUGCUUUCACUUAGAUAGGUCUACUGAAGUACUUAAGUGAUUUACCUUACAACCUUUUAACCAGUAAAAAUUUUAAAGGAUAUUUAGAUUAAACAUUAAAUUGUAAUUUUUUUACACUUAGACAUUUUUUAGACAAAAAAAAAAUCAGAAUGUAUAGACAUAUGAGGCUGGCUUUCAUUCUUGUAUUAUUCACUCAGGUACAUUGCCAGAAUCAGUAAAGCCUCACGAGAACCUAAAGAAAUUAAAUCUAAUGUUAAAAGAUGACACUCGUUUGAGGAUGCUGUUCAAAACGCUUGUUGGACCAAACUGUUCAUGCAAGAAAGCUGAAGAGAUAGUGGUAUUGCUAAUUUACUUUUUUAAUCCGUUGGCCAUGCUAAAAGAAAAACUUUUGUAAAGCUCUUAAAAUGUAUCAAUAUUUCCCAGCUAUUUUUUAUGGACCAUAAACUACAACGUUAUUUACUUUCUGUUUUUUUUUUAUAUUGUUGUCAUUUUCUGAUUUCAAAGUUUUGUGGUAGAUAAAUCCUUUUCGACUUUUUAAAGCUCUUUAUGUCACAAGGAAACUUUAACUGGUCUGUAUUCUGAAUAAAAUAUUAUUUGUAUAGUUUAGAUGGAAUAUCUGCUUUCCUUUUGUGAUUGCAAGCUACAAGCAUUCUAAUUAUAUCUAAAUUUAAUAUUUCAGAAAGAUAUUCUGAAGAAAAUUGGUGUCACCCCAGGUGUGGCAAACUUUAUUUACCAAAUGACAAAAUCCCUUGUGGAAAGGAUUGCUCCUGUGAUGGUGGAUGCAUUGGCCAUUGAUCACCUGGUGCUUGCAGUGUCUGAGAAGGUUGCUAGCAUUGAUGAUGAUGGGAAAGAUUUGAUGGAAGCUGGUGUGCAGAAAGGUGUCCAACUUCUAUUGGUAAGUGGUUCAGUUUGUUGUUGUUUGUUACCUCUAAGAAUUAUUUCCUAGAUUUUUACACUUAAAAUAUAACCAAGACUUAUAAUAUGGUUGAGCUGUUAAACAUAAUUAAAAAGGCAGGAGUUUCAGGACCAAUAUUAUCUUUUAUAAAGAAAAGAUUUUCUGUAUUCUUUUUCCUCCAUGUCUGAAAAAUAUCCCUAAAACUAAAUGUUUAUAAAUUUAUUUUCAGACUUUGUCAUACUAUUUCCCGUAUUACUUCAAAUCGCUUGAGAUAUUUGAAAACUUUCUCUCAUUUGUCAAGAAUGAUGAUGAUGUCGUCAGUAAGUGGAUUUUUUUGUGUUUUAAGGAGAUAUUUUUCCUUCCUGGGAUUUUUAUUCUUCUAGAUUAAAUAUUUAUCUAUUGGGUAAAAAUGUUACUUUAAUUUUUUUACAAUGAAAAGCAUAAAUAACUGUUUCUGCUGUUAAAGGUGACUUGGCGAUACAGAUAAUCACAAACACAGGUUCCCGCUUGCAUAUGGACCACCCAGAGGUCUAUUCGUAAGUUAAUUAAUUAAACAUAAUUAUUUUUUUAAAUGUAUCAUUUGAAAUUAUAGUAAUACUUUUUUUUUUUUUUCGUGUUCAUUCUAUUUUCUAUGCUUGAAUCUAAACAAAAACUUCAGCUAGGUUUUGUUAGAGCUGAUAUUUUUGUCAUUUAUGGUAGCAACCUUCCUACCACUUGCAUGUAAAUUUCAGAUCUCUAGUUCCUAUUCUUAUCAACCUUGCAAAGUUUGGUACACCCAAGCAAGCUAAACACGCACUGAGGUGCAUUAAUACUAUCUGCAUCAACAAGGAAUCUGCUGUUGCCAGUAUUUUUGAGGUUUGACAAAUUUUAUUUGUUCUUUUCUUGUAUAAAACCAGAAUAUAUGCUAGAAUUAUCAGUAAAUUAUUAGUUAAAAUGAAAGAAGUCGUAAAAAGCAGCUCACAAAGCGUGGAAAACACAUUUGCUGUUUACUGGGUACACAAUGCCUGCUGUGUACAGCUAAAGCGACUAUGUAGGCAACCCUUGCUCACAAUCUUUACAUUAUUUAUCCUUGAAAUAAACACAAUUUUUUUUUUUUUUUACUGUUACAUGCAAUAAAAUUUCUGAUAAUUUUUUUUAUUAAAUCAUCUGUGUUAACUUUUUGUUUAAUGGCCUUAAAUAAUAUAUUUUUUCUUGGCAGUCUAUUCAAAAUGCUCUCAACCCUGACAAUGCAAAUUACCUAACAGCCAUCGUGUCACUCGGUCAUAUUGCUCAGUUGUUUCCGAAGCUCUAUCCCACAGAAAUCAAAAGCAUAGUAUCCAAAGUCAUUGUCAAAGACCUUCUUAUGAAAGACAGGGUGAGACUUUUUCAUUGCUCUCAUUACUUUUGCAGACCUGUUUACUCUUACGAUUUUGGCGUACAAUGUACGAUUUUUAGAUGUCUUUUACGAUUGUACGCCAAGACCCUCCAAAACUACGAUUUUCAGAGACCCGGUGGAAAAAAUUUUCCCCGAUUUAAAAAAAUUAAUACAUUUUCGGGUUUGGACGUUUUAGCCCUCUCUAAUGAAGAUCUGGCAGUGAAUAUGAACGAAAAAAACCAUUGGUUGUUUUGUUUUUUUUUAAAGUUGGGACCAUCCUUAUUAUAUUUGGAAAGUACUCAUGGGGAGUGGGGAGGUGGGGUUGUUGAUGACGGAAAUUGUGGCAUACGAGACACGCAUGGGUAGGGGAUUGGUGGGAGUGUCAAAGGAUAUAAAUAAAUAACCCCGACGUAUCGUAUUUAGUAUUGACGGGAUCACAGUGAACUAGCUGGCUGCUGCGUCAACAGUAAUAUUUAGACUUGUCGCCCUAGCCACAACUUCACUCACCAUCGCCUUUGACUGCUACCAAGCGUGUGACGUAGUUUUGGUACAGAAUUAUUUUGUUCCUCAGAACCGCGGCGAUUGUAAAAAUAGAGAUGGUUUUUUAAAUAAAAUAGAUCAUCCAACUGUUCUGCAGUGGAGCCUUGGAUUUUGGCAUAUUUGAUAAGAUCCAGUCACCGACGUAGUAGUUGGAUAGCUUUACGUUAACAAGGUGGUGAGGGGGUUAUGAAUAUUUUUUACAUUUCAUUUUGCCUACCAAGUUUGUUAUAUAUGGAUGUCCCAUUGUCCCAACAGCCCUGGCGUACGCAGUGGGCUCCAUAGACGGAUGUGCACAUUGUCCCAACAGCCCUGGCGUACGAAGUGGGCUCCAUAGACGGAUGUGCACAUUGUCCCAACAGCCCUGGCGUACGAAGUGGGCUCCAUAGACGGAUGUGCACAUUGCGGUAUUUUAAUGUUUCCGGCGAGCCUUUUUGUUUUCGUUACCGUAGUUGAGCAUGCACACUGCACAAUACAUUACGAUAUGGCAUCAAUGAAAUGAAAGGCACAAUACAUUACGAUAUGGCAUCAAUGAAAUGAAAGGCACAAUACAUUACGAUAUGGCAUCCACACAAUGAAAGGCACAAUACAUUACGAUAUGGCAUCAAUGAAAUGAAAGGCACGCGAAACCGAUGAUGAAGAAGGAACUUCAACUGAACAUCAAAUUCAGCAAAAGAAAUUUUAUUCGCUGAUAUCCUAUCUUGAAUGUCAGACAAAAUUGACUGAGUUGCGUUCUUCAAAUAAGGGUCCAUCAGACGCAAACUGCACAGUCGGACUUUUCAUUAGCAAUCAAUCAGAGAUAAAAGGAGUGGUGUUGAUUUAAGAGAUUGUGUGCAUGGAGCCGGUCUAAGUAUUUCAAUUUAUAUACUCAACACCGCCAAAUUUUCGUAAUGACAGUUCGGGUGUGUGUGUGCGUGGUUGGGGGGGGAGGGGGUGUCCUCGGCAGAAAGUAUGUGCGUUAUUUAAACAAUUCUGCAACAUUCAUCCCGAAACUCUGAAAGUCCAAAAAUAACAUUUCUAUCUCGAAUGGUGUAAACUACCAGCCAAUGUGUAGUAGGCAUUAGACUCGUGAUGUUGUCAAGGGGUAUUUUCACAAAUCAACUGGCUUGCUAUACUCAAUAGUGGAAGAAUUACAGUACGGUGUUAAGUCUACCGAAUGUUCAACGCGCGCAUGACGUAUAUUUCGUUGGGCUACGCCAGUGGUUCUAAAAUAUUUGUUUGCCGGCGCCUGUGCAAUAUUAGGUUUUCACCAGGCGCCUUGCGUGACAUUCUAACAAGUGCAUUUGGACAUAGCGAAUACCAAAAUAAAAUAAAGGGUGGGAUAAAAAUAAAUAUAACACGUAUGUAGGUCACUGAGCGCCAUCUGUAGCUACAAACAGUAGAUACUCAACUGGGUAACUGGACCGAAAGAUGUCACAUUGGAUUAAAAGUAAAAAUAAAAUUAUGAAAUUUUUUUAAUAUUUCGCAACGCCCCUGUGAGGAAGCCGCAGCAGCCCAUUUAGAAAAUUUUCACCCCCCAUUUAAAAGGACAAUUUAUUGCGCCCUUAAUCUUUGUGUAAAUGGUUUUUUUAUAGUUGAAUUGACUGUUUAAGUUCCUUUCUAUAGACGAUUUUUCACGCGGUUGCUCUUCGUUAUAUUCUCAUGGCCCUGCCCAAGGGCAGCGAGCACCCAGGGCGAUGUAGUCCGAUGUAGCAUAUAUUAUGUGAACCACUGGGCUGGACGAAUCACCAGUGGUGAAAACCCGUGUCACAUUUUGUUUACUGUAACAUAAUAUGUAAUGGACUUUGCUAAUUUGUUAUUAUUGUAAUUGAGGGAAAAGAGGGGGGGGGUCGUAAAAACUUCUGCGUGAAACGGGAGGGGGGGGGGAGUUACAUAAUUAGACUUUAUUGCGCUACUGUAGUUUUAUUUAUUUACUAUUGAGAUAUUGGAUUGUACGAUUUUGAGACCAGAUUGUACGAUUUUAGGGGUUGGAGGGUAAACAGGUCUGCUUUUGGGAUCAUUUCUUUGUAAGAAUCAAAUGGGAGUAAAUACCAAGCCAGAAAGCUGUGGUUUAAGUUAUAUUCAGCAGGUUUAUUCAAUUUAACAUAUUGUUGAAUUGCUUUGAUUAUGUUUGAGUUUAUUUCCCUAAUGAUGUGCUCUGUCUAUCAAUGUCAUCUCCGACUAAAUAAGUUGUUUUCUAACAAACUGGUCACAAAGCUCUACAUGUGUCUAAAGGAAUAAAAAUAGCUGUAAUAAUGUUUAUUUAGGCAUUUUUCCAACAACAUAUAAGAAUGAAAACACAACUAGCCUAAUAAUAUACUUGCUAUAAUUUUAUUUUCUCUGUUAGACUCAGGGCGCUGCGACUGAGGAUUCAUGGUGUCCGGAUCAUCUGGUUUCUGAUGAAACAAAAGCAAAAGUAGGAUACAUCUCAUAUUAAAUUAACUAAUUUUUUUUAGCUUCAAGUGCAGUAGUUUAAAAAGUAUCACUUUUUUUUUUCAAGGUAAACUUAUUGUAUAAAAUUAUUUGAAUUAAUUUAUUUUUUAAAUGUCCUCAAUAUUUUUUUCAAAAGGUGUCAUUUAAGAUUUUAAAGAGACUGUUCUUUUUUUUCAAGAAUCAAAUUCAAAAUUUUGGACGAGCCCUUUUCUUAUGAAAUAACCCUUAGUAACAUUAACAAUAUAUAUUUAUCAAUAUUUCUGGGAAGGACAAUUAAAUGUUUUUGUUUAAAAUUGUGAUUAACUGUAAAUUUAUAUUUUAUCUUUGUGGAAUUUUUUUCAGCUUUACACGUUUAGUUUCAGUAAAUAAAUCAAAUUUGACUAUUUCAUGGAGAGUUUUAAAUAAUUUUUUUCAAAUCAUAAUGCAUGUUAUCUAAUGAAAGUAUUAAGUCUUAACUUAAAUGUUAUUAUUUUUCAUUACUUUGAAGAUUAUUUAAAACUGCUGAGCUCAAAAAAAUUGCUUGUAUAUAGUUUAAUAAUUGAGAGUUGUUUAUUAUCACUAGGUGCAGGCCAUGAAACUUCUGGUGCGAUGGCUGCUGGGAUUGAAAUCCAAUACAAGUAACUCUGGCACAUCUACAUUGCGGCUUCUUUAUACUGUAAUCAUUCAUGAUGGAGACCUCAUGGAAAAUGGGCUUACUAAGUAGGUUGAUAAGUCAAUAUUGAUGGAGUUCUUAGUUUAGAUCUUAUUUAAAGAUAAUAAAGGGAGAUUUACGCUCCUUCCCAAGAGUGCUCUUCGAAAUUUGUUAAAAGCAAAAACUAUUUUUGAGCACAAAGUUACAAUUAUUUUUCUAUAUUUCAGAAUAAAAUAAAAAUGUGUGCUUCAUAUUAAAAAAGUUUAACUCUCAAAAUACGUUAUAUUAACUUUGGAUUGAUAGGUGGAUUAUAACUUGAUUUUUUUUUCUCACCUUUUUACAUAACAGUUAUUUUAACCCGCAACUAUAAUUUGGUGGAUAAUUUUUACAUUGUGUUUCGGUUUUGUUGAUGACGCUAUUUUCAUCCACCAUAUUGCAAAUCCUAUGAACCUUCACUGAAGGCUGGUAGUACAAAAUGACACAAAGCACUCAACAUUUAUCUCCCAAUGAUUUUGUUUAUUAUAUUUCAAGUGAAAAAGUGAUACUAACCUGAUUAAAAACAACCCAGUCAUCAUGACAAUGAUAUUCCAGACCAGUUUACCCACAAACUCUUAAAAUGUACAAUAUCAUCACAAAGUCAUUUAAUGCAUUAUAUUCAUAGUAAAAAAAUAAACAUACAGUAUAUACAAUCUAUACACCUCAAAAUCGUACAUUGUACGCCAAAAUCGUAAGAGUAAACAGGUCUGAUAUUCCUGUCAUAAGACCUGGGCUACCUACUGAAACCUGCCCAAAACAAGACAAGAGAAGGAGUACAUUCACCUUUAUCACUUUUCAACUUCAAUUUACAUCAAAGCUGGAGAUAAAUUUAAAUCAACAAGGCUAGAGAUGAAUUUAAAUCAACAUGGCUGGAGAUGCUUUGUAAAUGUACACAACAAUUACAGCUGCCAUGGCAACUAAGCCAACUUGAUUUUAAAACUGGACAUUCCAGCUGAUACACUAAAUUUCUAACACUCAUUGGACUUCUAACCUACACGCCCCACUUGUCUGAGGUGUUACUGGAUAAAAGGAGUUUAUUCACUGGCUUAUGGAUUAAUAAAUUGUUUUAGACCAAUAUACAGGUCUAUACGAUAAGUUUCUAAAAGAAACUAAACUGAGUAAUCUGCUUAUAAGCAGAUACAGCUAAUUUAAUCUGUACCUGAUGCAAAGGGCAUGCAUGCAAAUAUGGUCCCUAGAGCAACCAUAAUAAAUAAUGAAGAGAGGUUAGGACAUAUUCAUUUCAUAAAUGUAGCACAAUACAGGUAUAGAACAACAUAACUGUAAAUGAAUUAUUGGUUCUUGCAGAUUCAAUAUCUAAAGAGUAUAAAAGAAUCCGUUGUUAUUGAGGUUAAACUAAAUGCAGCUACUGUUGCUAGUUGAUUGGAUUGUGGUAAAAUUAGUUGAUAAAAGAUAAAAUAAAAAUUAUAUGGACAACAAUAAGGUUAGUAACAACUGUGGCUAAGACUGCCAAGAGACUUACUCUUUCAUUUUAAAUAAUUUUCUAGUGUUGGGCUUAUAGUCAUAUUUUUUUAAGUCUAAUUUUGUAGUCUAAAGAAAACUAAAUGCAUGUCUUGAAUAAUUAAAAAGAUCUGAGAGAUCAGCAUAUAAAUAGAUACAUAAUUUAAAAGGCAACAUUUUCCAACUAAAAGAGUUUAAACUCAAGACAUCUAAAUUAAAUUAUUUCUCUAGUGUAAAAAAAAACAGCUAAUCAGUGGACUCCCUUAGUCAUAAUAGGGGACUUAAUUAGUGAUCAUUUAGAUUUUGUGAUCUCUGGGGGGGCGCUGGUAAAUUCAUACUGAGUUUUCUUAAAACAGAAACUGUCAUAUUUCAUAACCAGAUUUGUUUAUUUGUUACUUAUGUGGUAUAUUUUUUAAAAAAUAUUUUAAAAUCAUUUAUCGCCACUAUAUCAUUUGCUAAUAAUAAUAAUACUAUUUCUCUCAUGAAAUACUUGCCUUGUUUUCUUUAUUUUUUUUUAUUUAAAAAAAUCAUCUUUUUAAAAAAUGUAUGAAUGUAUUUUUAAAACUGGCUUAGUAAAUGCAAAGGUUGGUAAAAUGGCUUGAAAUUGUUGUAUGUGUUGUUAAAAUGAAUACCAUAAUGAAUAACAUAUAAUAAUACUCAACACUUAUUUUUUGCUUCUUCCUGUUUGUGGUAUGUUUACAUUUUUUUUAAAAUUAAGCACACCUAAAAACUUAAUCUUUUGGCCAUAAAUAACAACCAUAAUUAACUGUGAUCACGUAAUUGGUAUCAAAUAAUAGAUAAUUCAAUUCUGAAUCCAAUGGUAUGUAACAUAUUAUUACUGCUAUGUUCUUCAUUGAACAACCCGCCAGAUUGUAAAGGUAUCUAUUGAAGGAUACAAAAAUGGCAGAAAACCAAGAAUAUUUGAGAGUUAAGCACAUAGCUCAAAAGUAGUCACUUAAGUUUCUUUAUAGCUGAGAAAUAUCUAUAUAUGAUUGCAAAUUAUACCAUUCAAUUUUUUCAGCAAACCUGAGUUAGCGAGACUGCGCCUCCAAGCUGGCUGCUGUAUGCUCAAAUUGGCUGAAGAACCUUGUUAUGCUGAAAUAAUCUUGAAAGAACAAUUCCAAGCUCUUGCUCUCAUGCUUAAUGUAAGUCAUAGGAGCACAUUUAUUAAUUACAGCAUUUUAAAACUGUUUUCUUUAAAAAUCAUCAUCAUCCAGAUCCAAUAGCCAUUUGGGCAUGUGCCCUUUGACCCAAAGCAUUGGUGAAGAAUUUGCACACUCUCUGCAGUUUUUAUUGUUUGUAUGAAGGGUGUUUGUGGAGUCUAAUUUUCUUUAAACAAAAGGGGAGUAACAAUGCUGUCUCAUUUGAAACAUGCCAUGGUGCAUCAUUGGUUAUUGUACCAAAGAUAUCACCUGUUUUUAUGAAAUUAAAUCUACAUGUGAUGUUCAAUUGUUGUGCUUGUGACUGUAUUUUUUAACCUGUGCUUUCAUUCAUUGUUCUAAUUGCAGGAUGCAUGCUUUCAAGUCAGGGUUCGGUUUGCGAAUCGUUUACAAAAAGGUCUGAUAAGCCUGAAACUUCCCCUUGAGUACAUAGCCAUUCUCUGCCUAGGAGCCAAUGAUCCAAUCAAGGAAAGGAGGCAGCAGUUAAAGCAGUAUCUGGCACAGAACAUAAACAAGAGAAGAGAUUACAUUAAACAGAACCCCAGUGCUCGUGGUGAGAAACAUCAUUCUAAGAUUGUAGAGGUUGUACAGCAAAUGGAAGUGAUUCUGAUUUUUAAAGUUGAUACAAUUAGAUAUUAUUAUACUUUUUCCAUUAUAAUAGGGAUGAAUGAAGUUUUCGCAAUUGCUUAUGCUUUAAAAAAAUACAUGAAAAAUACCUUUUGUAAAGGAAAACUAAAUCAAAGGAAACUUAUAUUUAUUCAAGUCUAGCAAUAAUUCUUAUUAUAAAUAAUCUAUAAAAAUAUAAUUCCUCAUGAGGGUGCUUUAUUGCCUUUUUUAUUCUUUUAAGUUCAAAAAUAUAUUUCAGAAAGUUGUAAACAAAAAAUUCAUACUCUCUAUUCAAUUUCUCCUGUGCUUGACACUAUUUUCAUUCAGUGUUUAGUUAUAUAAACCAAGGGAAUUACUCAAUGAAAUUGAUCUUGCCCUCUAACCUCAUGUGCUUAAACAAAGUGAUCUUACUUAUGGUUCCCACCAAUGUUACACAAAAGAAUAAUAUACAGUUUCUGUCUGUGUGUACGAGCGUAGGUGUUUAAAACAAAUGUCGGAUAGUUAGGUUGUGUCUAUCGUACUGACAAGUCAUUGUUUAGGCUAAUAACCUGCAAGCAAUGAGACAUUACUCACUAACCAUGAUUUGACACAAGUUACUGUUAUUUUAGUGUUACUAAACACAGAGUUACUGUUAUUUUAGUGUUACUAAACUCAAAACAAACACCUAGCUAGAUUGUUUUUGGGGUGUUUUGUUUGAUUUUUUUUUUCUUAAGGAAAAAAAUUGUGACCCAAUACUUUUGCAUUUAUGGUCUGGUAUGGGGUCGCAAUAUAGCAUUUGUGAUGUGCUGCAAUAUAUAUUCAUUGAUGAAUUUAAAUUCAAACUGAGAAACAAAAAUGUGUACUGUAAAAAAAAAUCACCUGCAAUUCCAGGCAACUGAAUUGUAAGCAGCAUGAUUUAAAUGUUGUAGGUUAGCAUAACAAAUCGUAAUGAAACAGAUUUUUGAAGAAUAUAGGCAAGAAUUUCAUUUUGCUUAUCAAAGGUUAUGUAAAAAAUAUUAUGAACAAUGACAGAAUACUACUACUUUAAUUCUUAUAACGAUGUUUAAAAAGGGUGCCUCAAUAAAUAAUUAAAUAUUGUUUAGUUGGAUGUGAUUUGUUUCCAGGGUUUUCAAGACACUGGGGGGAAAAAUAAAAAAAAUUCUUGGAAUUUAAAAGAUUAUAAUAAUUUUGAAAAUUGUUUGUCUUUAAGCUGCUGUUUCGAAACAUGUUUAUCCACUUUUUGUGGUUUUUUUCACACAAAAUACAUGUAAUAUAAUAUAUGUUAUAGUGUUAGCUCAAAGGCAGACCUAGGCUUAGAUUGAGGGAUGAUGUGGAAAAAGAUCUACAGCUGCUGGGUAACCAAACAUGGAAUAGAAAUGCAUUAGUUAGGUCUAGGUGGAAGGAAGUAGUUAGGCGGGCCAAAGCCCUGCAUGGGCUGUAGCGCCAUAGGGAUGGAUGGAUAGUGUUAGCACUUGUUUGAAUAUGGCUCCGACUUUUAUAAUUAGACUUUUUUAAAAUAAAUUAUUGUGAAUCAAAAUUCUCUUUUGUAUGCAUUGAAUUGUUUGUAAAUUAAUAUAUUUUUAAUAAAAUUGUUUUCUAUUAGUUUUUGUGGUGUCAUUGUUAUUACACUUUGUUUUUACAUUUCAUAUGAUAAUUUGAAACACAAAAGUUAUCUAUAAAUUUAAAAAUGUCAGUGAUGUGCAGUGUAAAACCAAGGUGUAAUUAAAAUGAUCAUAAGAAAAAUCUCAAUGUUUUUUUUUUAAAAACAAGAAUUUAUUUGUCCUGCAGGUCGAAUGUUCUACCUGCUGCCAGAUUAUGUCAUACCUUAUACAAUUCAUUUGCUGGCCCACGACCCAGACUUCAAGUCCUAUGAAGAUGUGGACAGCUUAAAAAGCUUGAAAGAGUAAGUGCAUGCUUCUAAUAGAACUAAUAUAAGCAAUGGUUGAUGGUAACCUUUUCUUUUUAACCUUGCAAGUCACUUUAUCAAUGAAAUCAAACGAGUUUCCAUUUUUCAUUAUGUGCAUAAAGGUUAUUUGUAAAUAUUUGAAAUGAAAAUAUAUGUUGGUAAAGUUGGUGAAAGGAACGGUUCAGGCGACAACACUAGACACAUUUGUGUCUAUUGCCUCAAGCCUUCAAACCCCUAGUGCAUGAUUUCCUCAUCAACACCAGUAACAGAAACAUUGCAAAUCCCAUCUACAUGCAUAGGAGCCAAAAUGAUCAAUAAAUUGAUUGUGGGCCCUUAAGAUAUAGAAGAAGUAGUUUUGACUUUUCUUCUAAUAAAAUUAAAGCCAUUUUCUCAUUCUAUUUGAACAGGUGUUUAUGGUUUAUGAUGGACUUGCUGACACACAAAAAUGAAGAAUUUAAUUAUGCAUUCCUAAGACGAAUGAUUGAAAACAUCAAGCAGACCAAGGAUGCCCAGUGCCCAGAUGAUGAGAGUGCUAACAAGGUAUCUAAAGCUGUCUAAAUGUUACUGUCGUGUUGGAGUCAAAAGCAAUGUUGGAUGUUAAAAAAAAUUGCUCUCUGCAAUAAAUACCUUUUAAAAAUAAGCAAUAUAAUUUAGAAAUAAAAAUGUCAUGGCUUUGUUCAAAAUUUAGCUGUGUUCUCUGCACAUUAGUGGCACUAAUAGAUCUCAGUGGAACCCUGCUAAUAUGCUUAAACUGAGGUCCAUAAAAUCAGAGAGAGGGGGGGGGAAUUGUGUUUGCUGUUUACAAUAUUCAGUGGGAUAAUGUUUUAAAAGGAGGUAGAUGUAUGAUUUAAUUUUUUUUUUAAAUAAGGAUUUUUUUAUCCUUUAGUUGAAGUUGGAAAUUUGUUAUUGUGUUGUACAAGAAUAUAUAUUUCGUAAUCUCUUUUUCACUUACUUUGGGGGAAAAAAUUCAUGUGCGAAUGAACCUAUGAAAAUUUGCUGUGCAUCAUAUUAUCAGAUCUGUUUACCCUCAAACUCUUAAAAUCUUACAAUAUCACAAAAUCGUUCAAUACAUUAUCUCAAUAGUAAAAAUAUAAACAUAUAGAAUAUAUAAUGUACACACUUCAAAAUUGUACAAUGUAUGCCAAAAUCGUAAGAGUAAACAGGUCUGUAUUAUUGUGGGCUUUCAUUCUACUUAGUUAAACCUAAUUAACACCUAUAAUUGUGUGCCAGAUUUUGGCAUUCCCAAUAGUGUUUCUGUUUAUUAUUUUAGUAGAAAUAGCCUGUCAUCAGAUUUGGCAGUUAAAAUAUAGCAGCUUCAUUCAAACAAUAAUUUAUUUUUUAAAAUACAAUUGCAAUAUUUGGAUUUUACAUUACAUCUUGUAGUGUCUAAAUGCGGAGUAAGACAGCAGGAGAGCAGUUGCUUCAUAUAAAUUUUUUCCUCUUCAUUUCAGAAAAUGUAUGCUGUUUGUGAUAUUGCCCUUGGCCUACUGCAUUCUAAAUCUGGAAAUAUUACCCUGAAAGAAGUAACUCAGGAACCAGUGCUCCCCAGCAAGCUUUUUACAGCUCAAGAUAAAGUCAAUAUUUUUUUGUUCUUAACUUUUAUUCGUCUUAUGGUUUUACAUGGCAUAAACAGACCAAUUUAAUAGAAGUCUUGUCAUCUUAUUUCACUGCAAGACUUUGAUGUACAGGAUAUAAUAUUACUAAAGUAAAUCACUUAGUAUUUAAUGUACAUAUCUUUAAUAACAUAGCCCCUGGCAGCAGGCCAUACUCGUGUAGUGAAAAAAGCUAGAUUUAAAAUAUAAAAAAUUAAUAUAUUUUUACUCUUUUUAUUUUUUUUAUCGAUUUGAAGGUUGUAAAAGUUGAUAACUGCGCAGCUGUCGUUGGCUUCUUAUUGCCUAGUGAAGAAUAUGUUACACUUCAUUGUGCUAAAUUAAUCAACUUUACAGUAUUAGUUCAUUAUUGUACAUUUGACAUUAUUGCAUCCUUAUAGUUUAUGAAAUCUUAUAAUUGAUGAUUUAAAAAUAUGUCACUCAACAAAUCCAAUGAUUUUCAGAACUAUUCCAAUUUGCAAAGUUAUUUGCCUAAAGAUUUCCCAUUUGAAUCAAAGGUAAGAUUUUAAUUUAGUGAAAAGUUUUAGGAAAUAUAUUUAAUUGUUGUGCUAACCAUUCUCCUAGUUGCUUUGAAUAUAUAUGAUCACCUACAUUAAAAAAAACUUCUUGCCUUUUCAACUCCCUAUGAGUAUAGGCUACUAAUAAUUUCUUUCCAAGCCUUUAGGUCUCUAGCUAUCCCCAUAAUUAUUUUUUUUUACUGUACAUAAGAUACGAAACUUAACUGACAACUCAAUACUAAAGAUAGAAAAAAUACAUCAAUAACUAGGAAGAAAAAAGAAAAGAAAUUGAUACUAACGCCUACCCACCAAAACCAUUAUUAAGCAGAGUAUUUUCUGUAUUUGCCUUAUUUCGGUUUUCAUGCCGUGAUACUAUAAACAUUAGACGUUUGAUUAACCAUACAUUUGGUUGUUGAACAGUUGCACAUGUAACCAUGAAUGGGUGGUGAUGACGGUCACACUAGAGGGAAGUAAUGAAAUGAGAUCCAACCAAUCUAUAAUGCAUGAGUUAGCUUUUCAUUUUUACAUGCAUCUUUUCUUGUUCUUGCAGAGGAGGAUUGGAACCAAUGUUCUCAAUUUUAGUGGUGAUUCCAAGAAAGCAUCAUCAUCAGAACCCACCACCACAGAGAUAGUUGUUUUGAGUCAUGCCCCUGUUGUCAACCCCCUCCCCAGAGCUCCACAUAAAAACAGGGAGCCCAUUCUUAAAAGGAAGAAAGCUGAGUAAGUCACUCAUUUGCCUUUGUUACCCUAUUGCCUUGGUUUGAUGCAAUUUUAAAUUAAGCAAUUCUGAGAAUUGUGAACAAAACUAUUAACAGUUGCUUACUAUCACACAUGGGGUAUUAAAAAUAUAAUUAGCAACUUGCUUUACGUAAGAUUAAUAGACCCACAAGUCUUGAUGUAAUAUUAUUUUUUAUGUAAUGACAAAUGACAGUUUUUUAAUUAUUGAUAUUGAUUUACUGUGAUACUUCUUUUAUUUUAUAGAAAAGAGAGAUCUAUUGGGGAAGGCUUUGACUCCGACUCACAGUCCCCCAAACAGUCAGACACAGAUGAACCAGCACAGAAAAGCAAGCAGACUAAGCCAAAGAAAACAACUGUGCCCCCAAAAAUCCCUAAAAAGCGCGGCAGAAAGCCAAAAGUCCGAGUCAGUGAUGUGGAAAUAAAAGAGGAAGUAGAUGAGGAAGCUGAGUCACCAAUAACUAAGUCACAGCCUGUCAAGGUAGGAACAAAACAGACCAGAAUGGAAGAUUUCACUGGAUCAAAAAACAAACCUGCAGCAGCUGGCGUCCCCCUCAAUGGAAAUGCUAAUAAAGGUUUGCAAGGUGCAAAUGUUCGGAUGCCCGGCGACAAGGUGGCUAGGAAAAAAAUUCAAGGUCCAUUACUCAAAGUUGUCACCCCACCUAUUGGCCGUGGCAGAAAACGUGAGGCUGAGAGUGAUGAUUCUAUGACUUCAUCAAAGGGAGACGAUCGUCCAAGUCCUGCUGUGGUGCGCAGACUCAAACCACCAACGCUGCGUGAAGAUCUGUGAGUAAUCUUUUUAAUAUUUCAGCAUUCGGGUGUUCAUUUAUUGAUAUAUUUUGUCGUAAGACAUUGCUUCUUCUUUUUUUUUUAUUUCAUUAAAUGAAAAUUGAUUGUUUUCUUGUUGCUAAAGUGCACUUAAGAAUGUCUCAUUUUGUUAGGAGUAAAUUUGUAAAGUAUCUUCCAAUUCCUUUUUCAAAAACUAUUCAUCUGGCAGUAAACCAUGUGCACAAAUGAUUUAGCAACUUAAAUAAAUAAUAAUAUUAACAAAUUAAAAAAUCAUUGCUUUUUGGAUUGGGUUGUUUUUUUUUGUAGCUAUAUAUCAAAACUAUAUUUAAAAGGGCUGUUUAUCUUCUAACUUCUUCAAAAUGCAUAUCAGACUGUAAUGACUGAAAAUCAUAAUUGUGCACAUGUAACUGAAAUACUGUAUCUCCUGGCCCCUCUACUGUUUGUGACAGCAGUAGUCGUAAUCCUUCUCACAGGUCCACAAGACCCAGUCCGGCUCAGAUACCAGUCAGUAGAAAACGUUCCCCACCUUCUUCACCAUCCACAUCAGCCUCCCCUAGUCAGGCAAAAAUGUGAGUGCUUUUGUAAAUUUGUAACAAGUGUAAAUGAAAUUAUGAUGUGGCAAUAGGAAAAAUAUGGUGGCAUAAUUUAAAUAAACAGUGCUUUAACAAAAGUGUAACAAAUGAAGGACUGUAGUUCUGUUUAACAAAAGUGUAACAAAUGAAGGACUGUAGUUCUGGCAAUAACAUGAGUAUAGCGAACACUUUUAGUUUUUUUGUUUUUUUUAUUACUUUUUAUUUCUAGUCAUUUUUUCAUUAGUCCUGUCUGCUAAGGACGGCUCUUUCUUCUUUUUUGGUCCUGUUUUUCUAUUUCAAGCUUCCAUAUACCUUGUUCUUCUAUUUUCUUUAACAAAAAUGCAAAGUUGUAACAAAAAAUAAUAAAGAACCAGUCUCAACUUUAUAACAACUAUAACAUUAAAUGUUUUAAACAUGCACUUACUGACUGAACUGGGCAAUGAAAUCAAAAGGUGAAAAACUUAUUUUUUUUAAAAUUAAUUUUAAACUGCAAGAAUAGUUGUCACCUUUUAUAUUAUAUUUAUUUAUGGCCAUCUUUGUGGGCCAAGUAUUAUUUAAUUAUUUUUUUAAAUCAUAAUUUCAUAGAAAAGAAAAAAAUUGUUUAUCUAGCCUGCCAAAGGUGAUACAGAACGAUACGUACAGAUGUUAGUGGAAAAAAAACUCACUCAUUUUAAACAGGCUGAUUUUGUUUGCCUUCAAAAUGAUUGAUUGAUUGAAUACUUAUAUAGCACCUGUAUUCAUGCUAUUUUAACAUGCUCACAGCGCUUUGAUGUUAUUAAAUCUAUUACAGUAAUCAUUUUCUUUAAACAUUUUAUUAAUAUAAUAAGUUAAGCAAAAUUAAAUAUACAUUGCCAGUUUCAAUUUAGUAAACCUAAAAUGUCUGUAGCUAGUUCAUCACACAAAGGAUGCACUUUUCAAAUAUUUCAAAUCGUCAUGUUUAGCUUUAAAUAGUCUAAACAAAAACAAAUAUGGAGUUAGACCUUAUUCUUUAUUUCUGGCCACCGCAGAGCCAGACUCUCACGUGGCGUCAUAGGAACACCGAGUGACUCUGGGUCAGAACGAUCCUGUUCUCCAUCUGCACAACCAUCUCCUGUCAAGAGAGUUCCAAUUUCAAGACCUGAGCCUGUUAGGUCUAAUAUACGUAAUGUGUAAGUAUACAUGGUGAUCCUCUGGAAAUCAUUUGUUCUUGGUUUAAGUUAGUGUUCAUUAUUACUUUACACAUAAUCAGCUAAUUGCCCCAGUCGAAUUUCCAUUAUGAUUUGUUCAUUAUUUUCCCAGGGGAAAUGUUGUAAUUAGUAUUUAUUCAUUAUUUAUAAUAAUAUUUUAUUUAGUCCCCAUCUUAUUUGUAAUUUAUUUGUUAAAUUAUUAUUAUUAUCUGCCAUUGUAUAUUCAGAAGUUUAAAUCAAUAAUUUUGAUGUUGUAGUGUGGGCAGAAUGAAGUCAGAUUUAUGUGGCCGGCUGAGGAAAGAAGGUUGUCCCAAUUUAGCUUUCAAUUUCUCAUUAUUUGUAAUUUCUUUGUCUCAAAACCGAUGUUUUAUUCCAGUCGAAAAACUCGUGUUGCAAAUGGGACAUCUGAUGGUGAGGACACCCCAGAAACAGAAUCCUCUCAGUCAUCAGCCUUCAGUAUGGCUGUUUCUAAAACAAAUGUACCUGUCACAGACGUUGAGGAGAAUGAAGAUGGUUUGAAUGUGAGUCCAGUCAAUUGA